AUGGAUUUCAAAAGGUUUUUAGGUUGUCACAAUAGUAAUUUAAACAACAACAAUAAUGGUCUUAAUAAUAAUAACAGCAAUAGCAAUAAUGAUUCUACAACAUUAAAUGUUACAAUAGGAAAUAGCAAUCAGUCUAUAGUAAUUCCAAAAACCUCAUCCUAUAAAGAAAUGAUAUCGACUAUAAAAGAUAAAUUUGGUAUAAAUUCUAAAUCAACUCUUUGUAUAAAAUGCGAAAAUAGUAACGGUGAAAUGUUUUCAUUGGCAAGUGAUUGCCAUGUAAGAAAAGCGUAUAGCCAACAACCAGAUAAUCAACCAAAAGAAUUAAGAUUAGUG